GUCAACUAAUAUUAGCCUCACUUCAUUAAUUACAGCUGCUUUGACUCUCCCCCAUUCCCCUCCAUUCCUCCGUAUGUAUGUCAAUAUAUACAUACAUGUAUUUGCAAAUAAUUGAAUUUGGAGAAAACUAUCAAAAAUAGAAAAACGAAAUCUUGAAUUUCUUGAUCUCCCUUUCUAUCCGGAGGAGCUAUAAACGCCCACCAAACACCCAGCCUCUCCAAGAAACCAGAAGAUUCUCGGACGCCAUUAUCGCCCAUCUCGACCUUCUUGAAGCAGGGAUUAUUGAACCCUUGGGGAACUGAGAUCUAGAGGGAAAUCGAACCUGGGUCUGCCUUGGAAUCCCUAUAUUUUCCAUCACUUUCCUGGGAAAAUCGUUGAAUGUCCCCCACAUGAAGCAGAUGUCGCAUCUCGACGAUAUCCCUUCGACACCGGGCAAGUUCAAGAUGGAUAAAUCUCCGUACUUUCACCGUACCCGGUGGCAAUCGUCCGUCGCGAAGCUCGCAUUCUGGUCACUUGUGUUCACAGGCUUGAUCUUCAUCUUCUUCUACCGAUCUCCGUCGUCGAAUCCCAUUUCUUCCGCUCCCUCUCGGCGCUCGCUCCGCACGUACAGUUGGGGAGGACCCGAUUGGGAGAAACGGGUCAGAUCCUCGGCUCGGGUACGAACCCGGAACGGGAUCUCCGUUCUGGUUACAGGAGCGGCGGGCUUCGUUGGCACCCACGUCUCAGCCGCUCUGAAACGGCGCGGCGACGGCGUCCUAGGGCUCGACAAUUUCAACGACUACUACGAUCCAUCGCUGAAGAGAACUCGGCAAGCGCUUCUCGAGCGAAGCGGAGUGUUCAUUGUGGAAGGAGACAUCAACGACUCAGCUCUUCUGAAGAAGAUCUUCGAGGUCGUUCCGUUCACCCACGUGAUGCAUUUGGCCGCGCAAGCUGGAGUGAGGUACGCCAUGGAAAACCCGAGCUCGUACGUUCAUAGCAACAUCGCUGGUUUCGUGAAUCUGCUUGAAGUAUGUAAAUCCGCUAAUCCUCAGCCAGCGAUAGUGUGGGCGUCGUCUAGCUCUGUGUACGGAUUGAACACCAAAGUCCCAUUCUCGGAAAAGGAUAGAACGGAUCAACCAGCUAGUCUGUAUGCUGCUACUAAGAAAGCUGGAGAAGAGAUUGCGCAUACGUAUAAUCAUAUUUAUGGGCUCUCCCUAACGGGGUUGAGGUUUUUCACGGUGUACGGUCCAUGGGGAAGGCCAGACAUGGCGUAUUUCUUCUUCACAAGGGAUAUUCUGAAAGGAAAAGCGAUUUCAAUAUUCGAGGGGGCAAAUCAUGGAACGGUAGCGAGGGAUUUUACGUACAUAGAUGAUAUAGUGAAGGGGUGUGUGGGAGCAUUAGACACGGCAGAGAAGAGCACGGGAAGUGGAGGGAAGAAGAGGGGGGCGGCUCAGUUAAGGGUUUUCAAUCUGGGAAACACGUCGCCAGUGCCAGUGAGUGAGCUGGUGAGUAUAUUGGAGAGGCAUUUGAAAGUGAAGGCGAAGAGGAACAUAAUGAAGUUGCCAAGGAAUGGGGACGUUCAGUUCACGCAUGCUAAUAUCAGCUUGGCACAGGGAGAGCUCGGGUAUAAGCCCACCACUGAUCUCCACACGGGUCUGAAGAAGUUUGUAAAAUGGUAUCUGGGUUACUACAAUGUCGGAAAAAAGGCUGCUGCUUGACCCUUCCUUCUUAGGCACUGCAAGGGUUUUUUUUUUUGUUUAAAAAUUAUUAUUAUUCCUUGUCAAUUAAGAUUCUUGUGAUUGUUUCUUUUUUUAACACUCACUCUGACAGUGAGUUGAUUCGAUGCUCCAUAAGGACGAGCAUUCGAGAUUAUGUUGUUUAGCUGCUGUGUUAACCCAACGAAAAAGAUUUUAUU